UUUUGUCGUUUUCAUUUUGAAAUUGUCAGCAGAUUUGUGAAACGUUUAGCAGCCACCGUUCGACAAAGAAGCCGGGUGUCUCGCUGUGAUCACUUAAUCGGAACGGAAGUCGUUUAGUAAUACCAUGUGAUUUAGAAGACGAGGACUCGUUCUUUUUUUCUUGGUCUUACUUCCUGUCUUUUCAAUGUAAAGAAUGCUAAAAUUAUCGUCAUUCAGUCAUUAGAUUUAUCAUGGGUGGGGGUACAAGCUAACACAUGACAUGUACUGGAUGCCUCCCGAUUGUUCAACCAUUGCUAACUUUACAAACAAAUACAAAACUAAUCGUCACCUUAAUAAAAAACAAACAUGUGUGAAUGGCCGUUAUCAACAAGGAGUGUAUUCAUUCCAGUUCCUUAGCAAUAUCGCCGCUUUUGAACACAAGGGAGUGCAAAAACACCGACAACUGUUCUUGGCAGCUGAUUCAAGCCUUCACUAUUUUCUGUGGGUGGAUUAGAAUAUCGUAAUGUGUAAAACUCUGGAAUCGUUUAUUGCAUGUUUUUCAUUCCUUUUUACCACCGACGAAGAAAUUAAAUGAGCAUAUUUCUAAGCUUAGUACUUAGUACUAGUGAGAAAUGGUCACAUGAUCUCAAGAACUGUUCACUCUUUAUCACAUACCGGGUCAAUGAGAUGCGUUCGUCAAGUGCAAGGCUAUUUUAGUUUGCCUACUUACAAAAAGGACAUUUGAAUUGUAGAUUGCUUGUAAUCAGGGCGUAUAUUUUGUGUCUUCAUGUGCAUAAUGACGUUGUCUCAUUUAAAAUCUCCCCCUUGUAUGACGUAUUUGAGUUUAUUUGUCUUGGCAACCAAGGACGGACUAUAAAACAUGGACCCGAGAUUCCAGACCACAUAAAACUCUGCUUUAAGCCACGGGCAACAUCACCGGUAUACCAGCAAGAUAAAGUAGCGUACUCAAGUACAAUUAUAAAGACAAAUUCUUCAAGAUAAACACUUCAAAAUGUAUACACAAGCUUAUAAGGUAUUUUCAAAGUUACUACUGCUGUUGAUAGCGAUACAAUGCGAAGGAAAAUCCCUUAGAGGACUAAAGACUGCGGUUGUAAGAAGAUCAAGACGGGCUAACUCAAACUGUUCAUCAAUUUUAAUGACUUUUUCUCGGGGAAAACAUUCAAAAGCGUCGAUAACGCAAGAUGUGUCCAUUAUGUCCAAGUCACUGCUAUUUCUGGCGAUUAAUAAGAACAGAGUUCAUUUCACUAGUGACACAACGAAUCAAAACAUUCAACUUCAAAUGGAGUCGAUAAAAGCGUGUGGAUAUGUGCGAAUAUAUGGGAAAAAAUCUAAACGAUAUUUAGCCAUGAAUUCCCGAGGAGUUCUAUAUACAACGAUGAAAGCAAACAAGGACACUGUGUUUCUUCAAGAAAUGGCGCCAAAUUCCUUCUCCACGUUCAAAUCAGAACAUCGACACAAAAAGAAAGACAUGUAUAUUGGAGUUCGAAAGGAYGGAAAACCUAAAAAAGGACACAAAACAAGUAGAACAAACAUUUCAGCAUUCUUUCUGGUUAUCAACCAACACUUAAACUAACACGAAGACGGUUGACAAAGUCGUAGUCCACCAUURUGGACUAGGGAGAAAAGAAGAUUCUGGCAGCAGUGAGUUAAGAAUGGCACCAGUUUCUAGAGUUUAGUAUUUCAAUUCCAGUUAUAAAACGCCAUUAGCAUGCGAUAUAAUGAAUGGGAGCCAAGAAACGAGGCUCCAGACAAGACAUCAAUUUUCAUUUGCAUUAUUUAUAUAGAAUUAUAUAGUGUAAGUUGUAACGAUUAAUCAAUUUUCCGUUCCUUGCAAGAGUUUUUAUAAUAUAUAGAUUAUAUAUAGAGGGAGAUGAGAAAGUUUUAUCAUAGRUUCUUAUAUUAAGUUAAUACAGCGAAUUGCAAAUGUUAUGACAACUUUUGCUGAUGUACCUAAUAUAAUUUAAUUUAUCUAUCAGUAUGUGUAGUUUGGGUAGGUUUGCAUUUGCGUAUGUGSGGAAGUGGUURAGCGCUGGCGCUUAGCUAUUUAUCUCACUACACUGUGUACUCAAACUACAGGUUUUSAAAGGCUUACGAGUCAAAAUGUCUGCAAAUCGCUGUAAAUAUAAGCAGAGACGCUAGAUAAGAUAUAAAUUGUUUACAAAGUAAUAUAAUUUAGACAAAAGUAUUUAUAUAUUAUGCAGUAGUGCAGCUUGCUACUGCUAGAAAAUUAAGAAUGUAUAUUUAUUGUUCUUUUAUUUUAUAAGYCGUCCACCAAGUGGUCCAUGUGGUCAGUCUGUGUCAGAUGAAUAUGUGUUCCUUCAUAAUGUUGAAGGCAUAUACCAAAAAUAUCAACAAUCAACAAUAUCUAUAUAUACAUAUAUUGUAAUUACUAAAUUUUCGACAACUGCAAUUGCUUUGGUUAAUGUUAAACCUUAUCGGMAAUAGAGAAUUUUUUGCCAGUUUUUCAGUGAAAAUURCCACAAUGYACACGAUAUAUAUAAUAUAGAUAUAGCUGUUGAMGUUUUCCGGCUGAAUUUUUGCAAAGCACUGUAUACUUAAUUCAAUUAGUAAUAUAAARUUGAUAUUUUUACGUAUUAGACUAUAGUUAGGACAAGCAAAUAUUAUAACACAAUGUCAAAUUUAUCAAAUUAAUGAGAAAUGAAUAAAUCAAUUAUCAAAUCAAAGAGUGGUCCUUUAUGAGAUGAAUUAUUGCACRAGGGUGCUAAACGUUCUUCCUCGCAGUUAUGAUAUAAUCCACUUAUCUGACGAAGUGUCUAUGUAAAGUGAGGGUGUAUAUCUGCGUUACCUCGAGUUGAUUACUCCGCGGCUACUGGCUUUAAAUCUUCCUAUUACGYGACCUAACGAGGCAAU